AAUGUUGUUAAACUUAACGAGUUAUACUCCAUGAAAGAUAUGCAUAAUGCAUAACCACCAAAUAAUUUUUUCUUAUGUAAACUAUAGUAUUUUCAUUUACUUACAUGUAAUGUAAAAAAAUUCUUAUAAAUACUUCCCUUACAUGUUGUGAGAUGAGUAAGAACAAACAGAAAUAUUAAUGGAUCAUGUUGUUGGCUCCCAAAACCAUAGCUCACAAAUGGUAGCUGUGACAAUCGUGUCGCCAGCUAAAUUAACCGAACCACAACAAAUUUGUCAAAUUCUAUUCAAUGAUGAAACAGAUAACAAAAAGAUCAAUGCAAUAAGGAAAAUUGAAGGAUGCUAUCAAAUAGUGUUGUACUAUGAAAAUGUUCAAGAUGAGGAUCAUGAUUGGUCUUUAACUGGUUGGAUUGUUGAGUCACUAGCUAGGGCCUUGUUGGAUCAUCCUCUACUAGCUGGUAGACUCCAAAAAAAGGACUUAACUGGAUUUGAAAUUGUGUCUAAUGAUUCUGGAAUAAAACUCUUGGAGGCUAACUAUCCUACAACCUUGUCUGAGUUUCUUGAGUUGAAUGAAAAGGAAUGUGAUGAUGAUCAUGAGGCUGAGCUUGUUUUUUGGAAUGGAAUUGAUGGUCAAUUUCCUCAGUUCUCUCCCCUCUUUUUUGUUCAGGUGACCAACUUCAAAUGUGGAGGAUUCUCAAUUGGCAUAAGUUGUAACCUCCUCUUGGCAGAUAUUUUGGUAGUUCAAAAAAUCCUUAAUAAAUGGGCACAAAUACACAACAUGUUACCCUCAAAUGAAGAAACUGGCGCAACCAUAUUUAACCACCCUCGUCUAAAAAAUCCGAAAUCUCUCCCAUCAGAGGACUUAAUCAACCACACUCAAAACAAAAACAGAAUUCAAAGUGUAGUAUUCAAAGUCACUACUAAGGAUGCAACUUUCAGCAAGGAAUUGUGGAAGGAAUUAGCCAUGUUUUGCAUUGAUGAAAUGGAACAAAAACUAGACAUGAAAAUAGGUUCAAGUUUUACUUUGGUUGUUAAAGAAUCUUUUGAGGUCAUUGAGGUAGAAAGUUUGACAAAGAGUGGAUAUAGUACUAUGAAGGAAAUCCUUAAGGAUCAAAUAUUUUGCAUUACAUCAUGGAAUGAUUUUGGAGUGAAUGAGGUGGUUUUUCAUGAAGAAAAUAAGCCUCUUCAUCCUCUUCAUGUUUCUUGUUGGGUUGGAUGUGUCGCUGAUACACAUGUCAUGAUAGUUCCAUGCCUAGAGGAGAAUGCUUAUGCUGUGAUUAUAGUUUCACCCUGUUAA